UCUGAGUAGGGAUCUACAUGAACCAAUUGUCUACUAAGAAUCGAAUUGGCGUGCCUCCUUUAUUGGCUAUAACUGCUGAGAUAUCACAGAACACACAAUAAUCAAUGACAUGUCUAAUGUUCAACACACAUGGGCAUAGCGAUGAACAGAAGGAGGUAGAAGUGAAAGUUGUUUUCCUUUUACAGGUUGUCAGCUUGUUACAACACCAUCAACUGCCACCCUGCCCUCCCAGAACUGCAAACAGAAAGACAGACAGAAACACUGAGUCCUUCUGAAGAUUCACACCCGGCAGAUGAGCAUCCCACUACCUGUGUGAUUCUGUGCCGGUAGACCUUCUCCAUAAGCCUGUUUGAGAUCUCCUGGGACCAUGCGGACCUCCAAGCUCUUGUCCUUCACCCUCCUCCUCGGCGUCUUCAUGCUGGUGGUCUACCAUAAGUUGCUGGGCGGACCUAGAGGAGGGCCCCCCCCGAGGAACGUCACUGUCCUGCUGUGGCACUGGCCCUUCGGCCGCUCCUACAGCCUCCGGGGGGACGUGUGCCGGGACUCUUACAACAUUCCUCGCUGCGUCCUCACCGACAAGACUUCCCUGUUCGCCUCCGCCGACGUGGUGGUCUUCCACCACCACGAGCUGCAGGCUGGACGCUCCGCCCUGCCCCUCGGACUCCCACGCCGGCCCUCGCAGCGCUGGGUCUGGCUCUCGCUGGAGCCGCCCGCCAACAACGGAGAUCUGAGCCCCUACAACGGUCUGUUCAACUGGACCAUGAGCUACCGCCGUGACGCUGAUAUAUUCAUGCCCUACGGCAAGACAGUCCGACUGAACAACACCGGCAGCUAUGUGAUCCCCAGGAAGAACUCCUGCCUGGCUAGCUGGGUGGUGAGUAACUACAAGUCUGACCAUGUUAGGUCCAGACUGUACCAGGACUUGAAGAAGUCAAUCCCUAUUGAGGUCUACGGCAGCUGGCAAAACAAACCCCUAGCAGGACAGGACCUGUUAGCCACCAUCGAACGCUGUCACUUCUACCUGGCGUUUGAGAACUCAAUAGCCACAGACUACAUCAGUGAGAAGCUGUGGAGGAAUGCCCUUCAGGCAGGGGCUGUCCCGGUGGUGCUGGGCCCCCCCAAAGCAGCCUAUGAGGCCCUGGCCCCCCCUGGCUCCUUCAUCCAUGUUGAUGACUUCAUCAGCACUGCAGAGCUGGCUAGCUACUUACAGCACCUGGCAUCAGACAGGAAGGCCUAUCAGGCUUUCUUCAAGUGGCAUCAAACCUACGGCAUUAAGACCUACACGGACUGGAGAGAAAGGCUGUGCAAUAUCUGCAUGAAAUACGACGAGCUGCCUGCCAUAAAGGUGUACCACGAUCUGGAGGGCUGGGCCAGGAGUUAACACCUGCUUUUGUAAUCUAAGUUCUUAUGCAUGUUAUGUGUGGUUUCAAUCAAAAAUGAAUUGUACAACCCUGUUGUUGUAAUUAGAGGACAUUUUAUGUUUGUUCUCAAGCGAAAUCAUUGUAGAGUGGAAAUAUCUUUGCAAAACUCUUUCAGCAACUUUAUCUAUUUGAAUCUAUUUACAUCUUCCUGUGUCUGAACACUUCGAGAGGUGGGACUGCUACAUAAGAAAUAUUUUAAACAACUGUCAAACUGCCAAGUGUAUGUUCACCAAACAUUCUGACAUUCUGCAAAAUCAGAAACCAUCAACAGAAGAUGACUAAUGACUAAAUGUAGAUGUUCCU